AUGUCACAGUAUUCAUAUGGUGGUGGAGGUCCUGGACAAUAUGGUGGAGGAGGUGCCACUGAUAUAAGACUUCUUUCAGGCAAUUACGAUAACUUUACAUCAUUGAAAAGUCGUAUUAUUGUUGCGGCUGGUGCAGGAGCUCAAGAUUCUAAUGAUUUAGGUGGUCCAGGAGGAUCUCUUGAUGGAUUCAAUAGUACUAAAAACUAUGGAAAAGGUGGAAGUCAAAAAUCAGGUGGACAAGGUACUGUUAGCGGAAAAUUCGGUAAAGGAGGGGAAAAUCCGAACAGAAUAGGCGAUGAAGGGAAUGGCGCAGGAGGUUCAGGUUAUUUUGGUGGAGGAUCGUCAACUAAUGCCAAAGAUUAUGGUGGUGGUGGAGGAAGUAGUUUCAUCAGUGGAUAUCCAGGAUGUGUUGCGAUAACAGAAGAUUCUACAGAAAAUUCGAUCAAAUUUCGAACAGGUGAUUUCACAUCAAUUCACUAUUCAGGAUUAAAAUUCGAAGAUCCUAUUAUGAUUGAUGGAAAAAGUCAAAUGCCAUCACCAAAUGGUACUAAUGAAACAGGUCAUUCUGGCAAUGGAUUUAUACGAAUUAUUAAAUAUCCUAUUCUUUCUAACACAUGUAUUCAGAAUAUUUACCACUUUAAUUUAUUUUCAUUUAUUCUAGAAUUUUCAAUCUUUUUCAUGUCCGCUGAUUCAUAA